CGGAGCGCGGUGGCGGGGAGUGAGUGUCCCGGAGUCAUCGGAGCCCGGACCCCACUGGUCCUCGGCGCCCCACAACGCCCGCUGCGUCCCGUGCGGGGCAUGGCGCGGCCCGGCUGAGCGCAGAACCCCGCCGCCGGCGAGCCCCGCGCGCGCGAGCCACGGUCUCUCCAAGCGCGCACGGGCGAUGGCGAAGGCGACGGCCGGCGCGGCGGGGAUGCGGUGGCAGCUCCUGCGGCUGCUGCUGCUGCAGCUGCUGGGCCAAGGUGAGUCUCCCACAGCCGUGCUGGGACUCUACUUCUCCAGGGACACUUACUGGGAAAAGCUGUAUGUGGACCAGCAGGCCGGCAUGCCCCUGCUCUAUGUGCAUGCCCUGCGAGACCUCCCCGAGGAGGUGCCCAGCUUCCGGCUGGGCCAGUACCUCUAUGGCGCCUACCGCACACGGCUGCAGGAGAACAUCUGGAUCCGCAUAGAGGAGGACACGGGCCUCCUCUACCUGAACCAAAGCCUGGACCACAGCACCUGGGAGAAGCUUAGCAUCCGAAAUGGAGGCUUCCCUCAGCUCACUGUCUACCUUCACGUCUACCUGUCACCCACAUCCCAGCGGGAGAGCGAAUGCCAGUGGCCAGGGUGUGCCCGUGUGUACUUCUGCUUCAUGAACAUGUCCUUUCCUACGUGUGACACCUUCGAAGACAAGGAUCUCUGCUUCCCCCCGUCAGAUCUCUCCUUCCGCAUCCGGGAGAACAGGCCUCCCGGCAUCUUCUACCAGUUCCGCCAACUUCCUGUGCACUUUCUGUGCCCACACAUCAAUGUGACUUACCAGCUCCUGGAAGAUAACAGGCCCUUCCACUGUGAACCCGACUGCCUAACUGUGAGCACCCGCUGGGCCCUGGACCGCGAACAGCAGGAGAAAUACCAGCUGGUGGCCCAGUGCACAGUGCGCCAGGGUACCCUGGAGAAGAAGCUCAUGGUGCCCUGCCCCGUGAUCGUGUACGACGAGGACGACUCGGCACCCACUUUCCUCGGGGGCGUGGACACCGCCAAUGCUGUGGUGGAGUUCAAGAGGAAGGAGGGCACCGUGCUGACCACCCUGCGUGUCUCUGAUGCUGAUGUUGUGCCAUCAUCCGGGGAGCUCCUGAGACGCUACACUAGCACGCUGCUGUCCAGCGACCCCUGGGUCCUGCAGACCAUCCGCGUGGAGCACCUGCCCAACGAGACCUUGGUGCAAGUCAACGGCAGCUCGGUGCGGGAGACGGUGCACGAUUACAGGCUGGUUCUCAACCGAAGUGUGCCCAUCUCUGAGAGCCACAACCUGCAGCUGACGGUGCUGGUGAACGACUCAGACUUCCAGGGCCCAGGGCAGGGCGUCCUCCUACUCCACUUCAACGUGUCUGUGCUGCCCAUCAACCUGCGCUUGCCCGAGUCCUACUCCCUUACCGUGAACAGGGAUGCCAGCCGCUUCGCCCAGGUUGGGAAAGUGUGUGUGGAAAACUGCAGGGACUUCAGCGGCAUCCACAUGCAGUAUAAGCUGCAGGCAUCCAACGCCAACUGCAGCACCCUGGGUGUGCUCACGGCCACUGAGGACUCCUCCGGCAUCCUGUUCGUGAAUGACACCGAGGCACUACGGAGACCGGAGUGUGCCCAGCUGCAGUACACGGUGGUAGCCACUGACCGCUCCACCCGCAAGCAGGCCCAGGCCACACUGACGGCCACUAUGGAGGGAGCAUAUGUGCCUGCAGAGAGUGGCUGCCCCAAGUCUUGUGCAGUCAACAAGCGACGGCGAGAGUGUGAGGAGUGCGGCGGUCUGGGCUCGCCCACGGGUCGGUGCGAGUGGAGACAAGGAGAUGGCAGAGGCAUCACCCGGAACUUCUCUACCUGCACCCCCAGCAUCAAAACCUGUCCGGAUGGACGCUGCGAUGCUGUGGAGAGCAAAGAUCUCAACAUCUGCCCUCAGGAUUGCCUUCGGGGUGGCAACAUCGUUGGUGGGCAUGAGCCAGGGGAACGUCGGGGCAUCAAAGCCGGCUAUGGCAUCUGCAACUGCUUCCCGGACAGCAAGAAGUGCUUCUGCGAGCCGGAGGACAUACAGGAUCUGCUGUGUGAUGAAUUCUGCCGCAUGGUGGUGGUGGCAGCCGUGCUGUUCUCCUUGAUCGCAUCUGUGCUGCUGGCCGUCUUCUGCAUCCACCGUUUCCACAAGAAUGCCCCCAAGCCCCCCAUCGCCUCGGCCGAGAUGACGUUCCGCCGGCCCACCCAGGCCUUCCCCAUCAGCUACUCCUCCUCUGGUGCCCGCCGGCCCUCACUCGACUCCAUGGAGAACCAGGUUUCUGUGGACACCUUCAAAAUCCCGGAGGAUCCGAAGUGGGAAUUCCCCCGGAAGAAUUUAAAUCUUGGGAAAACACUGGGAGAAGGCGAAUUCGGAAAAGUGGUCCAGGCAACGGCUUUCAGGCUGAAAGGCAAAGCAGGCCACACCACGGUGGCUGUGAAGAUGCUGAAAGAGAAUGCCUCUCCAAGUGAGCUGCGGGACCUACUGUCAGAGUUCAACCUCCUGAAGCAGGUCAACCACCCCCAAGUCAUCAAGCUUUAUGGAGCCUGCAGCCAAGAUGGGCCGCUCUUCCUCAUCGUGGAAUAUGCCAAGUACGGCUCCCUUCGGGGCUUCCUCCGGGAGAGCCGCAAGGCAGGGCCAGGCUACGUGGGCAGCAGCAGCAGCGGGGACAGCCGAGGCAGCCGCAACUCCAGCUAUUUGGACAACCCAGAUGAGCGGGCCCUGACUAUGGGCGACCUCAUCUCUUUUGCCUGGCAGAUCUCUCGGGGGAUGCAGUACCUGGCAGAGAUGAAGCUCGUUCAUCGGGACUUAGCAGCCAGAAACGUCCUGGUAGCUGAGGGGCGGAAGAUGAAGAUCUCAGAUUUUGGCCUGUCCCGAGACGUUUAUGAAGAGGACUCUUAUGUCAAGAGGAGCAAGGGUCGGAUUCCAGUUAAAUGGAUGGCGAUUGAGUCCCUUUUCGAUCAUAUCUACACUACCCAGAGUGAUGUGUGGUCCUUUGGGGUUCUGCUGUGGGAAAUUGUGACCCUGGGAGGCAACCCUUACCCUGGAAUCCCUCCAGAGAGGCUCUUCAACCUGCUGAAGACGGGGUACCGGAUGGAGCAGCCUGACAACUGCAGCGAAGAGAUGUAUGGUCUGAUGCUGCAGUGUUGGAAGCAGGAACCAGACAAGAGGCCGGUGUUUGCCGACAUCAGCAAAGACCUGGAGAAGAUGAUGGUUAAGAGCAGAGACUAUUUGGACCUGGCUGCGUCCACACCUUCUGAUUCCCUGCUUUAUGAUGAUGGCCUCUCGGAGGAGGAGACGCCCUUGGUGGACUGGAAUAAUGCUCCCCUCCCUCGAACCCUUCCUUCCACGUGGAUUGAAAACAAACUCUAUGGCAUGUCAGACCCGAACUGGCCUGAAGAGAGUCCUGUACCACUCACGAGAGCUGAUGGCCCUAACACUGGGUGUCCACACUAUGCAAAUGAUAGUGUUUAUGCUAACUGGAUGGUUUCACCCUCAGCGGCACAGUUAAUGGACUCGUUUGAUAGUUAACAUUUCUUGGUGAAAGGUAAUGGACUUACCAGGGGAAGAACGCGGGCUUUUCACACUGGCCGGUGAUUUUCCCUCCCAGCAGACCUAGCACACUGGACAGUGUCCCGAGUCCAGUGUGGAAGUAUGCCCUUGUCUUCACGCUUGGCCGCGCCCAGUGUGGGUCUCUGUGUUCAUCGUGACUGCCGUGCACUCUGCUCACAUGCCUGGGGCCCCCCCUCACUACCCAAACUGUUUGAUUUCUCUGGUUGCCCCCAACAAGGCAACAUGAUUUCAACAUGAAGCACACACACACCCCAAGGCAGCAGAAAAUGAUUGGAGCCUAUCCCUCUGUCUUUGUUCAGGAGAGCCUGGGAAGGCCUGAAGAGCAUCUCAUCCAACCUUGCUGGCCUGGAGGGUUAGAAGGGCCCAGAGAAUGGGCCUUGGCUCAUAUUUGAGACCCUUAGAAGCGAUGGUUUUAUCUUUUUUUUUUUAAAGAAAUCUAAGUAAUAUAGUCUUUUUCUUAGGGUGAUAUUUAAUUAUUUUUUAUCAUAAUUGAUUGUUUCUUAGAUUUAGCACAAAGAGGGGAGCUGAUGUCUUACUUGCUGUAUAUACAGGCAGUCUAAGUAGAAUUGAUUCACAGGAUGCAUUUGUCCCCAUCACUGCCCCCUAACAAGGACAGAAAGAAGAUGAGGGCUGAUCUAAUGUAUCAUCACCUCCUCCCAAGAAAACUCACAGCAUGGACGUGGUUCCUGAGAAUCCCAUGUCCUCCAAUAGUAAGUGUACUCCACACUCAAAGCCAACAAGCCAGUGAGUCAUCAUGACUGAGUGGUGCCUGUGCAGCUUAUUGGGGACAGUUCAGCUAGUUCCAUUCACGUUUGUAUUGACAGUGACCAGCACUGCUAUACCUCCAAUGACAGAGUUCUGAUGUGGCAAAAAAAAAACCAAAA